AAAUUGAGUGAUCAGUCUGGGGAAAAAAUCAAUGUUCAGCGACCAUUUUAUCGUGUACCCCAAUACCUAGUGACCGUAUGUGUAAUUUACACAGGAAAGGAAGGACAGAGGCGAAGAUAAUGCGAUGUCUGUCCUGUCACCGGGAGAGCCGAGUGCUGAGAACGCCACUGGGUUUUCCCAACUUCGCAGAAUUCUAAUCCAGAGCCGACAGAGAGGCAUUAUCACGUCCGCCGGAAGGAACCCAUCAUCGGAAAACUCCACCGCGUGACAAAAGCAAUCGAGCAAGCUCCGCCGGUUGUCCAACGGCGAGUGCUUCGAUUCCGUAGGCGUUCGUCCCUCGCUGUUUGUAGAGGAUUUCUUACCUCUCUUUCUUACGGUAAUUAUAACUGCUCUGCCUUCUAUUAUCCAUUGUAAUCCUUCUUGUUGGUUGCCGAUGAAUUAUUGGUCGCGGAAAUUGGAAGAGAAAUGAUAGUUUCUGAACUUGGGGAGGUUUUGAUUUGGGAAAAUGUUCAAUGCCCAGAAAUGCUUCUCUUAAUAGGUUUGAAUGGGGUCGUGAGUAGGAAAGUUUGAACUUAUGGUCUUCGAAUGGUGAAAAAGUUUCAUGCUUUGCUUCAGCUCUGUACAGAUAUAUGCAGGCUUUACUAUGCCAAUGGUGAAAUUGGGGUGUUAGCUUAAUCCAUGGUUUUGUUUAGCUCACAAAGUUGUUUCAGUAGAUGGAAAAGGGUUGGAGCUAGUGUCUGACUCCGUCCUUUCACAGGGCUGUUUGCAUCUGCUGUUUUGGGGAGAGAGAUUCUGGCUGUUCUUCAAUCCCAUUCUGCACCAUGGCUUUCAUCCCUGGUACAACGAUUGUUCUUCCUCAGAAGCUGAAAGUGCAGUUUGGGUUUUAUCAUCCCAGAAGAUCCGAAUUCGUGACAGGCGAAUUCCACCAAGGCCUCAGUUCUAUCAAAUCCUUCCAGCCCACUACAUCGAAACUCCCUCUUCCAUUAUCAAGAAAGUUGCGGCAUACUCGUGCAUUGGUUGCCUCAAGCGAGUACCCUCAGAAUGCCGACUUCCCUAGAUACUAUGGUAGAAAGGAGAAGAAGCCCUUUCCAAUACCAGUAGUGGAGUUAAGACGAAAUGCCAGGCAGAGGUUCAAAGACAGGAAAGGCAAACCCAAAGGCCGCCCCCCUCCUCCAAAGCAAGGGCUGGUUGUCCAAAGCCUUGUCCCUCUCGCUUAUGAUGUCUACAAUGCGAGGAUCACGCUGAUAAACAACAUCAAGCGUUUGUUGAAAGUGGUCCACGUCCAUGCCUGCGGGUGGUGUGAUGAGAUCCACGUAGGGCCCGAAGGGCACCCGUUCAGCUCAUGUAGAGGCAAGUACACGAGUGUCCGAAAGGGACAUCACGAAUGGACGAAUGCAGUUGUUGAAGACAUACUCGUCCCAGUCGAAGCAUACCACCUCUAUGACCGUUUGGGGAAUCGAAUUCGACAUGAUGAGAGAUUCACAAUCCCCAGGAUCCCAGCUGUGGUGGAGCUAUGCAUCCAAGCAGGAGUCAACAUUCCUGAUCUCCCAACCAAAAGGAGGAGAAAGCCAGUGGUUUGGAUCGGCAGAAAAGAAUUCGUCGAUGCAGAUGAGAGUGAGCUUCCUGACCCAGUCCCGGAGCCUCCUCUGAAGCCAUUGCUGACUGAAAUCCCCAACUCCGAGAUAGUUCCUCCAUCGAGCCAAGAGGAAACGACGUUACUGGCUGAGGAAACCUUAGCAGCUUGGGAUAAAAUGAGGAAAGGUUCCAACCGGCUGAUGAAAAUGUACCCGGUUCGAGUAUGUGGCUACUGCCCCGAGAUCCAUGUUGGACCGAGCGGGCAUAAGGUGCAGAUAUGUGGAGCACACAAGCAUCAGCAACGAAAUGGGCAGCACGGUUGGCAGGCUGCUGUGCUCGACGAUUUGAUACCUCCGAGGUUCGUGUGGCAUCUCCCUGAACCGAUCGGGGAGCCAUUGAAACGUGAGCUGAGGAGCUUCUAUGGACAGGCGCCUGCUGUCGUGGAGAUGUGCGUGCAAGGUGGCGCUGCUGUGCCGGAGGAGUAUAAAACCACUAUGAGGUUGGAUAUUGGGAUUCCUUCUAGUGGUAAAGAAGCUGAAAUGGUUGUUUGAGGUUCUUCAGAAGCUCUGCAACAUAAUGCAGAUCUGGAAAUGUACAGAAUAUUUGACAUGAGGGAUCGAACUAAUGGUAAUCUGCGCUCGAUAACAUCAAACGUAUGUUAGAUUCGAACCUUGGUGUUAAUAUUACUCAUAAACAGGGAAUUUAUGGUGUUUUUGUAGUAGAAUCUUGAGACAUCCCCUAGAUUGGAAUCUUGUAACCUUGUCAUUGUGAAACGUUUUGAUUGGUAACAUCGUGGAUCAUUCAUCCUUCUUAAAGAAAACAACUUGUGAAUCAUCAUAUUGCUUUGCGAAGUGAAAAUAUAUGAGAGAAUCUAGGAUGGAAAUCUUGUGCCCCACACACAUACUUUUGAAUUCUCAUUUCUCAACCAUCAACCAUCAGACUUUAUGUUCAUGGUCCAACAAGAAUAGCAGCAUGCCGCUCUCUAUCAGCACCUCAAUUGGAUCGAAUCCAUACCUAAUCAGAGGUGUCGAAAAACUUAUAGCCUCUAGCUAUGAGGGUUUGUAGAGGCAAUGUGAGUUGUGGGAUCAAGGAGGAGAGAUCAAGCUCGAACGAGAGAGGUUGAGGGGCUGGUAACAGGGGUCGAGAGUCGAGACCUUAGGCCGAGGCUCAAGGCAGACAAGAUCUGGCUGGAGUGAAGAAUGACGUCCUAGUGAGGCAUUGGUUGAUCGAGAAUAAUGCAUUUCUAUAUGA